AAGCAUCAGCAUGUUGUCGGUUUGGAUGCUGGCGCUGUGCUUAUUGCUAUCGGGGGGGAUAUCAGAAGGGGAUGAAGAUCAGAUAUUAAGUGAAGAAGCGGAAUUACAAGGGAUAACUUCGACAACGCCAUUGUCUGGGCCUAUUUUCAGCUAUGCCGAGACAAAUCCUCAACUUCAGAAGUAUCAAGACGCUUGGAAAUUUGUCACAAGCAAUGAAAGUUUUAUAAUGAAGUACAGAAACUUCAACACCAACCCGACGGGAGAAAACACGACGAUGUGCGUAAGUGCGAUCAUGAUGGAAAUGAACGUGACAACUCAUUAUGUGCUCCAUAAUAUCACCUAUUUGAAUACGACAAGCAGCAAGAUGAUGGCCUUCAACAAAACUUAUUAUGUCAUCAGCUCAGAUGGGUACAACAUCAAGAACGUUCUAAACGGCACAGUUGCUCGCAAGAAUGAAAGUGAGUUGUAUCCGUUUGCAUUCGCUGACAAAACAUGUGCAGUCAUACGGAAGGAUAACUGCAGUGAUGAAUCAUUCAAAGCCUGCGAACUUUGGGUGUAUAAAACUGUUGUGGAAGAGGAGUUGAGCUGUUGUGACUUUGUAUUCGACCUCUUGUGUUCGCGUGGCUAUAAGCAAAUAACGUAUGAUUCAGAGCGCUGCAAAGACUAAAGACACUGAAGCGACUGUUGUGGCUCGAGGUUCAACAACGGACGCAGAAUUGAGUGCUAAAUAAAUGGAAAUAAACAUUUAUCUUGCCCCUCU